GCCAUCAUGUGGUUUGCAUGUUUCGAAGACGAUGACGACAAAGACCAGUGAACAGAAAGCGCUGAUGUAGUUUUGGUGGAGCUUGACUGUUUUUGUCUACCAAAGAAGAAAAUACCGAUGAAGAUGCACACGUACUGUGUACUAAUACAUGUUUUUGUUGCUCUUCUCCUGUGUGAUUAUGGGAUGUUCUCCACACCAUCAUCUUCAUCAUCAUCAUCAUCCUCUUCAGAAGAAUCAACCACUGCGACCUCAAUCAUAUCGACCAUCACUGCUUUAAUAGCAGAAUCAACAACGGUCAGAAAUGAUUCUACUGGAACAAUCACAGAGCAAACGACAAACAUACAGACAGAAGAUUCCAAUGAUGAUGACAAUGAAUAUUCAGAGGAGGGCAGUGCCACCAUCACAACAACCGGCAAUUUCUUACCACCAUUCCAUUCAACAGGACGUCCAGAGAGUACCCCACACCAUGUACACGUGAACAAGUUCAAUCCUAAGAUCAGCAAAGAUAAUUCAGGACAAUACACAGGAGGCAUCAUCAUUUUGAUCUUCAUUCUGAUUCUUAUCAUUAUUCUUCUUGGAAUCUUGUAUUUUCUGAGAAAGAAAGGAAGGAGUUACUCGUUUGACCUUACUCGUGCCAGCGGCCCUUCCAAUGACUAUGAUACUCCGCUCAGGAGCGUGGAACAGCAAGGUGCAAGCUAUGAACAAACCAACAAAGAUUUGCCGGUGUGUCUGGACUACAUACAAGAAGACAAAUCAGAGGAGAAGACCAGUCCGAUAGCCAACGGGUGCACAGGAGAGAAAACUGAACAAACACCUGCUUCUGAAAAUGAACAGCAGAAUGUUCCAGAAGAGAACAGUUUUUCCUCGAGCCCCAGCUUCACUCCGCCAAUGAAGAAAGUGGAGUUUAAUCUGGAUCUGGAUCUGGAUCUGAUCGGCAGAGAAUCUGAGAUGAACAGUUCAACAACAGUCCACAGCAGUGAUGCUGUGCAAAAUGAAAACAACAAUAAUGUAACCAAUGCUGGGAGAGGAGCAGCAGAGGAGCUGUUUACCGAAAUUAAUCUAGACGAGCCAAGGGAACACGCAUAAUAGUCUUCCCAAAUGGCAGCCGAGAUGUCAGGACCUUGAUACCAAUAUUAAAUCUAUAUCUACAUCUGCUCAGGAGAACAUAGUUCAUACUUUCAUCUACUGUAAAUGGAAACUGUAUACUGUACAUAACUGACAUAUCCAUGGAAUCAUUUGAUGAAGUUUGUGUAAAAAAAAAAAAAAUAAAUAAAAAAUAAAAAAUUACUUUACAAAUGUUAAUUAAAGAUUAUUUGAUAAACACCUUCUUUUUUCCAAAAUCCAAGGUAGCAUUUGCAUGUAUUAUUAUUUACAGAAAAGACACUCCUAGAAUUCAUUGCGAAAAAUUCCCCCAACAUGGUGGACGAGUUGAGAGCAAUGUUAAUUAUACAUACUUUCAUAGUAGUUCAAUUUAAUUACUAUUUUACUAUAGUUUUAUAGCGCGAGCAU